AUGCCACCGGGCAGCGCUAAUAAGCGCAAGCGGCCGAACGACGAUGCGGGCCGUCCAUCACCCCAUAGGCCUCAGGACUUGAGCAUGGCGCAACGAAUGGGCGGCCCUGCAGAUAACAGCCCGAAUGCUGUUCCUGUCGCGCCUCGAAAUGGGCCUGCGCCGACACUCGCACAACCCUCGACACCACAACCAGCAGCAGAAAUCUCGAGGACUAACACACCUGUACCACGCAAUGCUACACCUAUCCCCCCUCCUGAAGAAGAGUCACGGGGUCCGCCUGCACCGUAUGCCUACGAGUACGUGACUGAUGAGGCGGUAGCAUCGUGGCAGGAGAGCGGAAAGCAGAUGCUGCUUGGAAGAGUGGGAGACGUUGAUGAGUUCAUUAUGAGUACUUUGCUGCAAGAGCUCUUACGUGCAAGCUUGGAUGGCAGGCUUGAUCCGAGCGAGGCGGGAAUGGUGGUGAAGCAGUUGGUUCUGGAGCAUCAGGAAAGACUGGACGGGCAGGAUGUACUGCUGAACACCAUCGCCAUGCUGGAGGACGCAGACACCAAAAACCCGGCGCUUCUAUCUCUGCUCGCCGCGACCGGCAUUGAUCCGGAUAUAGUGCGACAGCAUCUCGACAUUCCACUCCUGACAGCAGUGAACCUCGUCCGAUUUUCGUUCGAGAGAACACGAGCACGCAAGACCACAAAUCUGCUGUAUAAGCAGGCGAACUUCAAUCUUUUGCGCGAAGAGACAGAAGGCUACGCCAAGCUGCUCACGGAAUAUUUCAACAUUGCCGAGGAGUCGAACAAGACGACGGACCCAGAUGUGGCUGAAAAUGCUUUUCAUCGCAUCAUGGCGCUUGUCGGUGCCUUCGAUCUAGACGUUGGUCGGGUGCUCGACAUCACUCUCGACAUCAGCGCGAAUCUACUAGUCAAGGCGUAUGCAUUCUUUAUCAAGUUUUACAGAUGCAGCUCUUGGUGGCCGGAAGGUGGGAAUCUGGACAAUGUGAAGUGGGAAGAUGAUGGCUUUGACACUUUUCCGGCUUGGGCUUUGCGUGGCUCGGGACGACUAGGGCCCUCGGAGAUUGAGAAGAGCGAGCUCGCAGGCAUGAAGCACUUAAGGGACGAGCACUUCUGGCAGAGGGUGAGAGAGUCGGGUCUGGAUGCGUACUUUGAGCUUGGUCAAAAGCGUAUUGUGGACUACGGUUCGAUUGCUGAGCAACUUGCCGAGGACCUAUCAACGGAAAUUGAUGGCAAGGGUAACAAUCUCAUGGAGGCUGGUCGGAAACGAGUGAACGAGAACCGGAGGUACAUGCGGGAGACGAAGAUGCUCCCACCACCCGGCAACCCGGAUGCAGCCCAGAUUCUGGGCUUCAAAUUACGCUUCUAUGCUUCGCCUGCUCGUGAAGCAGACGACAUUAUGCCGGAUAAUCUGAUACACUUUUCGGCAUUACUCAUCAAAAUUGGAUUCAUUUCGCUACGAGACUUAUAUCCUCAUCUGCAUCCGGCGGACGACAGGAUGGCCGAGGAGCGAGACCGUCUGGAAAAGGAGAAGGCGGACAAGGAGGCAAAGGAGCGACCUGGCGGAGGACCAAACAAGCUUGCCAUGGCUUCAGCCCUUACCGACGAUAGUCUACCAGUCUCACGUAGUAUGCGAGACAAAGAUCGCAGUGGUGGCGCUACACCCAAGCCUGGCGACAAGAAAGACGACUCUGCCGCUGAUGCUCUUCCGCCACCUCCAAACCAAAAGCUCGGACUGCUCAAGGCGUUGCUCGCACUCGGCGCAAUACCAGAGGCACUGUACAUCCUUGGUCGCUUCCCAUGGCUUGUGGACGUGGACACAUCUCUGCCUCCAUAUCUUCUGCGCAUCGCUAGACAUAUGCUCAGCCUGAUAGCCGAGAGCGUCAAGCCAGUCUCUGACCGUAAUGGUCUUGGCGAAGCACGUGAGCAGUUGUCUGAUACUGCGGCAAAGUCUGACGGCACGAUGAGCUUCACACCUCGUCCACCCAAGCUGCCUACUAAGUGGCUUGGCCUAGAAGAGGUGCUUGAUAAGGACGGCGCACGAUACCGAUACUAUUACACUGAGUGGGCGGACAAUAUGCCCGUGUGCCAGACUAUGGACGACGUGUUCCAGCUUUGCAACACUUUCCUGGGCUUCCUUGGUGUGAAGAUUGGUCGAGAUACCGUCAUCUAUAGCACACUCCUUCGCCUCGCAAGACGCAGUCUAACAGAAGACUUCUCCGAGUCAAACCAAUCUCGUUGGCUAGAGCUGAUGAGAAGGCUCCUUAUCCCUGCACUGAGUUUGACCAAACACAACCUGAGCUUGACCGACGAAGUCUACCAACUACUCAUGCUCUUCCCAGUCACCACGCGCUAUAACCUCUACGCAGAGUGGUUCACUGGUCGGACAUCACGAGUACCAGACGUCAAGACAGCAUUCGACCACAACCGAGCAGAAGUCAAGGAUGUCUUGCGUCGAGUCUCGAACGAGAACGUUAAGAGCCAGGCUCGAGCUCUCGGCAAAGUAUCUUACUCUUCUCCAGGUGUAUUGAUGAUGUUCAUGAUCAAUCAGCUCGAGCAGUACUCGAACAUGAUACCUGCUUUGGUGGAGUGCACCAAAUACUUCCCGAAACUGGCAUAUGAUGUCCUUACCUGGUGCCUUAUCAACUCGCUCAGUGGCACGGGCCGGAACAGAAUUCAGGAAGAUGGUAUGCUUACCAGUUCUUGGCUUCAGUCGCUGUCUUUGUUUGUGGCUGCGCUGUUCUCGCGCUAUCCGAGCGUCAGUCCUUCGCCAGUCCUGCAGUAUUUGGCUUCAGAGCUUCGCAAUGGCGAUUCGACCGAUCUCGAGAUGUUUGAGCAGGUGCUUGGCGAAAUGGCUGGGAUUCGAUCCGACGUCGAGUUCAACGAUGCUCAGGUCCUGGCUAUGGCUGGUGGAGAGCAUCUUCAAGCGCAUACUAUGGAAUUGCUAAGUGACACACGACACACGCGCAAGAGUCAAGCGAAGCGACUCAUCCGAGCUUUGACGGAGCCUGGUCUCGUUGGCCAGAUGCUUGUCGCUAUAGCACAGGAAAGGCAGACGUAUGCUCAUCACGAAUCGAGCGCUAAUAUGCCGCUGAAAGUGCUGGGUAACAACCUCGACAAGAUCCAAUCGGUCUUUGCGCAGUACCUGGAUGUGCUGCGCACGAACCUGAAGCCCGAAGAGUUCGAUGCAGCUGUUCCCGAUGUGGUCAGUCUGAUUGGCGACUUUGGUCUACAGCCUGCUGUUGCUUUCAUGAUCUGCAGAGCUUCGAUCACACAUCGCGUACUUGAGCACGACGAGAAGAAACAGCAAGAGAUGCUCGAAUUGAAGAAGCGAAGGGCGAGCCAGGAGAAGUCACAGACUAAUGGCGACAUCGAGAUGGUUAAUAGCCAGGCAGAUGUCGAGUCGGCUUUAGUGGACGAGAAGCCUACUGUCAACGGCACUGCCUCAGAGUCAGCCGCUGUUGAUGUCGAUGAAAACGUCACUGCUACCUCCGGCGUUACAACCACUCAGCGCUCCCCAUGGCACUCUAUGCUCCAGCCAAUUAUCGACGACUUGCCCAUGGUCGCCCAGGAGCUGCAAGACCGAGUCAGCAUGCCCUUCUUCGUGACAUUCUGGACUCUGGCACUGACCGACGUCUUCGUACCGAAUGACGCCUACAGAGCUGCUAUCAAAGGCAUCGAGGAGCAGGUCAAAGAGCUGAAUCGCGAGCGUGCAACGAAAGGCUCUUUUGGCAGACAAGUAAUCGAUCGCCAGCGAGCCGAAUUAUCUGACAAACUGAAGAAGCUCACCUCCGAGCCUCGGGCACGUGUCGCCUUGUACCAGCGAACGACCAAUCGUCUUGGCUUGCGAGAGAAGCAUCACUGGUUCGACAGGUCGCGCAAUAAGGAGGAUCAAAUCAAGAGGCACGAUGCGCUCCUGCAAGAAUGCUUUCUACCUCGCGCUAUGAUUUCGUCACUGGAUGCGCAGUACAGCUACACUAUGCUCAAGAGUCUCCACGAGCGUGGCACACCUGGCUUCAGUACCCUAGUCAUCUUCGACCAGCUCUUCCGAAAACAGACCCUGGCGGCUCUGAUCUUCCAGUGCACGAAUUUGGAAUCUCAACAUCUUGGCCGCUUUCUCAAUGAGCUCCUGAAGAUGCUGACAGGCUGGCAUGCGAAGCGCGAAGACUACGAUACUCGCGCACUAGGCCGUCAUCACAAAGACAAGCUUCCUGGUUUCGUCAUCGGUCCUAUGGACUACAGCAAGCAAGAGAAUUGGAAAUUCAUGGACUAUGAGCUCUUCCGCCGCCAAGUCUACAACUGGCACAUCAAUAUGUCGAACGCUCUGCUUGCGUGCUUCGAGUCUGGCGAGUACAUGCACAUUAGGAACGGCAUCAUGGUACUCAAAGCAGUUGUUGGCGUCUUUCCGCAGGUGACGUUCUUGGGCAAUAAGCUUGUCAGUGCUGUGGAGAAGCUCUCUACGGAGGAGGAGAGGCAGGACCUCAAGCUCAUGGCGCUUUCUGUGUUAGCCCCGUUGAGGUCUAGGCAGAAGUCUUGGGUUAUGCCGCAGGCGUUCAGGUUGAAUGAGAAUGCUAAGGAGGAGGGCAGUGCUGGGCCUGAGGCGUCAGAGCUGAAUGCUCAAGCGCCGGAGUUUAAGCCAAAGGUCAAUGGUGAUGGUGGUGCUGGACCUGAAGAUGGUGAGGUGGAAGACGAAAAGCAUGCUGAGAAGGCGACGGCGAAGCAGGUUCCUGCGGCGGAGAAAGGCGAUGUCCAGGCCAAGGUACAGACUGCGAAGCCAUCACCUGAGCCACGCGCAGCACCUACACCUCCACCUAGACAGCAGCCACAGGCGUCUGCUGCGCCAAGCGGUCCGGCUAUGACCAGGAACUUACCGGCUUCGAACGAAUCUGCAAGACCAGAGCUAUCGCGCCAGUCUUCGUCGCAGCUUCCUACACGCCCCCCGCGACCCGAGUCGCGAUCAGACUCUCGCCCAGCACACGAGCAGAAGCCUUUGCCGCCAACACCGGCCGCGAGAAUUGAUGUCCGGUCUUCCAGACGUGCUGAUGAUGGCUACGGCAGACUUGAUCGACCUGGAGAAGGACGUCCUGGUUCUCGCGACCAUUCCCCAGGUCGGAGCCGCGCUAGGACGCCACCGGGCAUGCAGCGCAGCCACAAUAGAGAUGAGCGACCACGUGAAGCGAGAGACGAUUCGUUCUCAAGACGCGAUGGACCUGCUCCACCAAUGCACGCCAGAGCUGCCGACACCCGCGAUCGUCAUGGCGAGCGUGUCAAUGGGUCUAUGGGUCCUCCUACCGCGCAAGCUGGUCCUGGUCCGCGAUCUGGUCAUCUCAAUUCAGUGGUCUCUACCCCUGCUGCGUCCACGCCACCUAGGGCACCCGCAAAUAAUGAGACCAUGGAGCAAUUUCGUGUCAACAAUGAGCGGAUGCGACUGAUUGAGCAGGAGGAGAAAGGCUUGGCCAGAAAUCCGGAGCCGUCUCGAGACCAAAGUCACGACCGCCAACGUCGGGAUGAGCGUGACCGUCGGCCGCAGCCGCCUCAACAAGCAGAAUUCGCGCGCGAUCAGGGUAGACGAGAACAGGCCACAGAGCUUGCGCCUUCUGGUCCGAAGAAGGGUCGUCUAAGUAGGGAUAGCCAUCAAGAGUCGUCUUACGGCCGGCUUAACCAGCCUGCGGAACCGCCAUCUGGUCCACGACCCGUCAAUGGUCAAUCUGGAAGAGGUGGCCGUAAUUUCACUGCCCAACCACUGCAAGUCGACACCCGUCAGAAUGGCUCUUCUGCGUCCUCUCCUAUAACCAGCAGACCUCCGGAGUCACCUGCAGCCGAUCGACAGCUCCCACGCCAGCCUUCGCACGAUCGCCGAAGCUCUGGACAGUUUCCCAACCACCAAGCAAGCGCAGCCCCUUCAGCGCCAGCAUCACAAGCUCCUACAGGCGAAGCUGGCGGCGUCAAUCCAGAUAGAUUGCGUCUCAUCAAUGGAGGCAACGAGUCACAGGCACAUGCCUCGUCAUCACCCAUCAGCUCUGCACCACCGUCAGGGCCCAGAGCUGCUGCAGGCAAUCGUCCUCCAAAUGGUGCACCUACUGGCCCUUCUCCUGUCUCUGCCGCGCCACCAUCUGGCCCAGCUUCAGAGCGUGAUAGACAAGUGCGUGGCGGACAGCGCGGCCCAAUCAGCUCCAUCAACGCUACCUUGCAGGGCGGUGGUGCCGCACAGCAGAGUCCACGUGGCAACGGGCAGGACGUGAGCUUUAGAGGAGCUUCGAGUCGACAAGGCAGCAUAGCCGUUGCGUCUUCAGCAGGACCACCGGCUUCGUUCCAGGCUACUGCGCCUGUACAGCCUCCAGCAGAGCCAUCGAGGCGCCAUGAGCAUCCUUCACGUCACGAUGCCGGGCCCGCAAGCCGACCAGACUCUCGCGCUCCUGAACCACGGCAAGAUCUGUUCCAGAGCACUCGCCAAGCAGACGCACGCGACGAUUCGAGAUCUAGACGUGAUGAAGAAGAUCGUGGACAGCGUGGUAGCGGGCAGGCAAGCCGCGAGCGUGUCCGACCAGAUGACCAGCCACCACGUCGUCCACUUCCACCCCAGAGCAUGCCUGAAGACCGUGACAAACGCAAUGCUGGUCCGCCGAGAGACGAUAGACGGCCACCACGAGAUGAGCGUGACAGGCGUAGCAUGCCGGGGCCACGAGGUAAUGAUGAUGCGCGACGAGACCCACAGAUGCCUGGUCCAGGCUCGAUGGGAGGGCCACCGUCUCUAGGCUCAAACUUCCCACGCCGCGGAGGGGACUUCAACCACAAUCACGAGCCUUCUCGGGACGGCCCCGACGAUGGUCGACGUGGAGCAGGAUCACGCAACUCCGGUUGGCCCGAAGAGUUCAAUAACAGAGGCCCUGCUAGGCGUGAAGACGACCGUAGGGAUAUGAGCGGACAGCAGGGUGGAGGUCCUAGCGGCAGAGGAGGCAUGAUGCAACAGGAGCUUGGUGGACCACAGCAGCAUCCGGACCGGAAGCGUAGGCACGACGAGCAGACGGGUUUUGAUCCGAAGAGGAGACGAAGCGGACGUUAG